AUGCACCCCUCGCAUUCUUUGAUCAUAAUCCGGGCGGCUAAGCGCCCCACUCCUCUCCUGCUGUAUUCUGAUAGUUUACCUCGCCUUGUACUAUUGAUCGUUACAUUAUGUGGAGUAUGGGUAAUUUCAUGGAUUUAA